AACGGUUAUUGUGGCAAGCGUGGUAAUGUGGUGGUGGCGACUAGCGUGCUCAAGUGCUUUUUAAGAGGCAAAUAAAAUGCACAUUAUAUGAAAUAACAGAAAGUGUAUGGAUUUGAAACGAAACGAACGAAAAUUACAAAUUUAAAAAAAAAAUAAUAAUUUACUAAAUUAAAUAGCCACAAAAAAAAUGUCGGAAAUCAAAAUAUAAAGUGAUUGCCAAAAGAGCAAGGAUUUGGCUUUAACACUUUGAAAUUAAGCUAGCGGCAUUAAAAACCAAAAUAGCUAAAAAUGAAUUUAUUGAAAAACCUAAAAAAUUAUAGCAUAAACGAGUAUAAAGUGUAACCGAAUUCUGCAUCCAAUUGUAUCAAAAUACCGAAAAGAAAGUUUCAGUGUAAUUACAUAGUGUUGUUGUGCCUCCACUGUUGCCACUACGCAUUCGCAUGCCAUCUUCGUAGUCAUUGCCACCACUUUUGCUUUCGGUGCGCAAAACUUUAUCAUCGUGCGCGCGUGUGUGUGUGUGUGUAAGCGCGUUUUGUUUAUUUGCUUUGCUGCUCGAGUAACGACACAAAAAGUGAAAGUCCUCGCCACGCAGGAAUUUGCAACGCUUAUGAGUCUGCAACGUCUUGAAGCGUAGUGCCUUUAAAUUUUAUUGAAAGAAAAAGUGCUUCUUUUCAACAAAUUUUCCUCAGUGAAGUGUUUUGUUUAACUAUAGUAUAACAAAAAAUAUAAAUAUAAAACCAAAAUGUCAAAGUUCACUCGCCGAAGACGCUAUGCCAAAAAGGAUACUUGGCUGCGAGUGCUACACGUUGUGCUCUGCCUUAGCUUGCACAUCUGCAACAUAAAUACUCUGGCGCAUCCCAGUCCAGCACAGGAGCAUGAUAUGCUGAUAUUGGACGCGCUGUCGAGACGCAGUAGCGGCGGUGGUGGCUACUACAGCGAGGAUUCAGUCAUGGAUAUGCUGGCGAGAAUGAUUCCGCAGAGUUGUCGUUUUCGUGGACACAAAUUCGAGUGUGGUCUCUCCAUUUCAUGCGUGCUGGGCGGCGGUAAGCCGGUUGAUCUCUGCUCGGGCGGCAUGAUCUGGUCGUGCUGUGUGGACAAAGACCUCGAUGCCGAGGAUACGCAUGCGGGUCAAGUGAAUAACACAAGUGACAUCAUACACCUGCAUGACAUUUAUCCCGACCUGGCCAGCCAUAACAAACACUAUCUGCAUGGUGGCAGCAGCAGCAGCAGCAGCAGUUCGCCACUCACGCAAGCACACAACCUCCACGGAAUACAGAGCAGCAGCAGCGCACACACCACAUUGGGCUCCUCACGCCCGCCGCUCCAUCACUACCCCACCGUCAUCAAUAAUCAUCAGUACCAAGUCACACAGUCGUUGUAUUCCACAAAGCGGCCAUACAAGCCGCACAUCUACCGGCCUGGACCGUCAGGUGGUGGCGGUGGCACAGCUGCGGCGUCGAGCAGUUGGGAACAUGAAUCUAAUCAACUCGGCUUGGGCGCCUCGCCAUCUGGCAUCACCAAUCACUUGGACACCUUCUUCGAUUUGGAGCGACCGCCCGCGCAUUCGGCAGAAAGUGGACCGCAUGAAUUGCUACCACAUCCACAGCCAUUUGCUGUGGGCAACGUGCUGGACCUGAAUGCGGGCGAAGCGGCAGAAGACUACAAUAGCGGCGGCGGCGGCGGCGGCGGCGGCGGUGGCCUUUAUUCUGAUGGAACCACUUAUCGACCAGUGCCGGGCUGUGGCGAGGUGUAUGCGCGCUCCAAUCGCAUAGUGGGCGGUCACUCGACGGGUUUUGGUUCACAUCCCUGGCAGGUGGCGCUGAUCAAAAGUGGAUUUCUUUCGCGUAAGCUUAGCUGUGGUGGCGCACUUGUCUCUAAUCGCUGGGUGGUUACUGCGGCGCAUUGUGUAGCAACCACCGCCAACUCGAAUAUGAAAAUCCGUCUGGGCGAGUGGGAUGUACGUGGUCAGGAAGAGCGGCUGAAUCACGAGGAAUACGGCAUCGAACGCAAAGAAGUGCAUCCACACUACAAUCCAGCAGAUUUCAAAAAUGACUUAGCGCUAAUUCGGUUAGAUCGAAAUGUUGUAUACAAACAGCACAUAAUACCGGUGUGUUUACCACCGCCAGCAACCAAGUUGGUGGGCAAAAUGGCGACAGUCGCUGGCUGGGGACGCACGCGGCAUGGUCAAAGCACAGUGCCCUCAGUGUUACAGGAAGUGGACGUUGAGGUGCUCUCAAAUGAUCGCUGUCAGCGUUGGUUCCGUGCUGCAGGUCGUCGUGAAGCGAUUCAUGAUGUCUUCCUUUGCGCAGGCUACAAAGAGGGUGGCCGUGACUCAUGCCAAGGUGAUUCUGGUGGCCCGCUCACCUUAACGCUGGAUGGCCGAAAAACGCUAAUCGGCUUGGUGUCUUGGGGUAUUGGCUGUGGUCGUGAACAUCUACCCGGUGUUUAUACGAAUAUACAAAAAUUUGUGCCGUGGAUCAGCAAGGUGAUGGCCAACGAUAAUGCGUAAUGCUGCUGCUGCAUCGGUUCGCUCACACUUGCCAAAGACUGCAGUGCACACAUAUUUACGACAUGCCACCUAAAUCGUUACUUUAUUAUAUUCUUUUGCUGUUCUUCGUUAUUGAAGCUUCUAAUUUUCAGUGAUUUUAAGCCUAAGCUCUGAUAUGGGUUUUUAAAGAGGUAUACCGAUUUAGAUAAAAUAUGUUGUUUCCUGAGCAAUAUUGAAUUUUUAAUCUGAAAUUUCUUUUGAUGAAAGAAUGCUGACUUAUUCCCCCUUUGGUAAUUAACCCAUUAAAUAUGUAUGGCUUUCCACUUAACUUCAUUCUUAAUAGAUUUAAAUGAAAAAACAUAAUGUAUUUCCGAGUAUUUUAGUAAUUUAUA